GUGCGCUUUAUUUCAACCGAAGAUCAAUCAAAGCAACUAAAAACUAAAAACUAAAAACCAACGACUCUGCUGUCCUUCAACCUACCGCCAAACACAUGUCACUGGCCCUUUAAGAGAGGGUCCCACAAUACUUUGCGUUUGCCAAAGAUAAACAAACCCGGGCUACUGAAACUGAAGCUAAAGUACGAUGUAGCUGCUGCUACUCCGUAUUCAAUAUCAAGACAAACAGUACAGUCUUUUAAAUGCUUUUUCUUCCUCAAGAUGGCAGUUAGACUUAUUUCAAAUAGUCUGCACUAACAAGAACAUUCUGAAGCAUUUUGCUAAGUAUCGAACGAUAAAAGUGACAUGAUACAUUUAUGAUCAUAUGUCUGUAAUCUUACUGCGUGCUUUUUAGACUUUUGCAUUCAACUUAUGUGCAGAAACAGAGAGGAAGUCCAUAACAAACCGGUUAUGGUUUGGGAAAAUAUAUAGCCUAAUAUUUUGUAAUAUUCAUAAUGACAACACGGAAAAGAAAGAAAUCUUUAACGUUACCUCAAUCAGAAUCUGCCAGCGAUCAGACUGAUGGUGAACCUCUUAAGAGACUCGUUCAGUGUCAAUCUGACACGAACUCUGUGGAUCAUCACCUCAGCCCUUAUUUCUCAAUGAAAGAGUCCGUCAGACUGACUUACAGCUUCUUCAAUCAGCCCUGCGUUGAUCUGGCAAAGGCCUUUCUCGGCAAGGUGUUGGUGAGAAAGUUAAGUGAUGGCACUGAGCUCAGAGGAAGGGUUGUGGAAACCGAAGCAUAUUUGGGCGGGGAGGACAAGGCGUCCCACUCGGCAGGGGGAAAACGCACGGAGAGGAACGCUGCCAUGUUCAUGAAGCCCGGAACCAUCUACGUCUAUCCCAUCUACGGCAUCUACCUCUGCAUGAACGUCUCCAGCCAAGGGGAGGGGGCGGCGGUGCUUUUGCGCUCGCUGGAGCCUCUGAGCGGUCAGGACGUCAUGAGGGGCAUGCGAGCAGCCAAACGCAAGGCGGGAGCCAAAAUCCUUAAGGAGAAAGAGCUCUGCAAUGGCCCGUCCAAGUUGUGCCAAGCACUAGAUAUACAGCGCAGCUUCGACCGCAGGGAUCUGGCCACUGAUACCGAGGUGUGGCUUGAGGGGGACCCAGAACGAGAGACUGUCAACGCUGGAGAGGUGGUGUCGGCGCCUCGGAUUGGAGUCGAGUCUCAUGGCGAAUGGGCAACCAAACCUCUUCGCUUCUACUUAAAAGGACACCCAUGUGUGAGCGUGCUGAAUAGAGAUGUAGAGCGUCAGAUGCAAUCCUCUGCUGAUCUUCAUAACACUGAGAUGGAAAGGACAGUCUGAUGAAAUGAUUUUUACAGAUGAAAUCAGUCUUUAAAGGGAUAGUUUGCUCAAAAAUGAAUAAUUUACUCACUAUUAUGUUGCUCCAAACAACAAAAGAGAUGUUUAGCACAAUGUCCAAGCUGCUCUCAUCAGUAUAAUUAAAGUGAAUUUUAA